AAUUGGGACACACAGACAGAGCAAAGUGUGAAUUUACUACUUUUCACUGUGUACACAAAAAAAUAGAGUGAACCAUAAAACAGAGUUCAUACCCCAUUUGAACACGUUAGCAAACAUAUACUAAAAUGCCUAGAGGGGGUCCAAGAGGAAACAAAAAGACCCAUAAGGGUCAAAGAAGACAUUUUACAGAUGAAUCUGAAAUGAAACAUGCACAGGAAAAAGAAGAAAGGCAAAAAGAAUGGAGGGUAUGUUACUGUUAGAAAACAGGGUAUAGAAAGUGAGGAGGAAGAGGAAGAGGAGGGGAAGGAGGCAGUAAAAGAAGGAGAGGAAAAUAAAGGAGCUGCUGCCCCAGGGGAUCUACCACCAUCUAGUUCUGAAGAGGAUUCAGAUGAUGAAUCUGAUAGGCAUAAAGGUGUAGAACACUUAAUAGAAGUUGAAAACCCAAAUAGAAUGAAAGGCCGAGCUAUUAAAAAGGUUACAGAAUUAGAAGGUGGCAAAACAGAAUUGACAAGACGAGAAAGGGAAGAAAUAGAAAAACAACAAGCAAAAGCAAAUUACCAAAAGAUGCAUAUGGCAGGAAAAACAGAUGAGGCUAGGGCAGAUUUAGCAAGAUUGGCAAUUAUACGAAAGCAAAGGGAAGAAGCUACUAAAAAAAAAGAGGAGCAAAAAGCUAAAGAAGAAGCAGCAAAGAAAAAGUCAUGACACAAGUAUCAAGUGUUACACACAAAAAUGGGAGGCUUGCCCCAAGCAAGGAAGACAAAAUUUCAUGAAGAAAUAAUUGGACAUUGGAUAUGGGGACACAUUCUUACUGAACUACAAAAUGCUUUCACAUUAUAUAUUGUUUUGAUCAGGUGCUAAGUUUCACACAAAAGAUAAUGAAAAGUUAAGAACUGCUGAAAGGCAAAAAGAGAAUACAUUUUUUUUAAUUUGCCCAUAGUUUAUUAGUAUAUUUAAUUUUGGCCUAUUACAUGAUAACUAAAGGUCAUUAGAACUGACUUAAGAUUUAUCACUAAAAAUUUCAAAUUAAAGAAAUUUGUGGGUAAUUUUCCAAAGUCUUUACUCACAAAAUAAGUUGUUUUGUGAUGUAGAACAUGUAAACGACUUGCCCUCUCAUUAGUUAUUUUGUUAUAACAGCAUGCUGCCCAGUUCUCUCUGUGUUCAUCAGUUCAUUUAUUCUAGUUUAUUUUUUUUACGAUUUAAAUGAAAGUUUAUUUAAUAUUUGAAUAUUAAUGUCAUCCUUUAGGAAAUAAAUUAUAAAUAGCUAGCUUGUUGAAACAAAGAUUCUUCAAAUUUGAACGCCAUGUAUUGUGCAAAUGCUCUAUUAAACACAAAUUGAUACUUGUUAAGAAAAUUAUCAAAAUAAACGACUGGGUCUUUUGUUCUCUAUUGGAAAUAUGUAUUUAUUUACAGUUUUUUUUAACCUAAAGCUAGAACAAGAAUGAACUUUUUUCCCCUCCCUACUGACAAAAAGCUUGUGGAACCAUAUUUAUUCAGAAUUUUCUUAAUUGUCAAUCAUGGGCAUUGCUUGGAUAGUUAGAUUUUCAGAAAUUGACCUUUUUCAGAUUGAAACAAAAAUUACUUAUAUACUAUUUUAUUACCUGCAUAUUUUCUUAUACCAACAAAUGGUAGAAUUGUUCUAAACCUCAGUAAAUUUUCAUUGUAAUUUCAGAAUCCUUACAGUUAGGUAGUCAAUUUUCACUUGUGGUUUAUUGGGACAUACUUCCGUCAUUUUUAUGUUGUCAAAGAACAUCUCUCAAUAACUCAAGUUUUCUUUGUCAAAGCAUAUCUGUAGAUAACUCCAGUUUUCUUUGUCCAAGCUCAUCUCUCAAUAACUCAAGUUUGCUCUUAUGGAUUUUUACAAAAAGACAAGAUCCUUUUUUCAAUUCAGAGAUUUUUUGUAUUUGUUGUUCUAGAGUUAUUGGAUUUUGAUUAUUCAAAUUUGUCAAUUUUAAGCAAGUCUUGUUACUUAAACUGUCCAAAAUUUUUACAAAAUAUUUGGUUUCAUAUUGGCUUUUUGAGAUUUUUCAAAUGUCACUAUAGUUGUUUAUGACUUUAUUUGUCAAAAUAUACCAUUAAACAAUUUUGGUGUGUCUUGUGCGAGGUCCUGUUUUUUUGUUCUCAAAAUCCAAUGAAAUUUUAUAAAAAUCUUACAGCCUGCAAUGAUUUCCACCUUUUCAGUAUAUAAAGUUAUUGGACAUUAAGGAUUUUUGUUACCUAAAAGACUCCUACCCUUCCUUCAUAUUUGUUACUUCUUUGACUUUUUCCUUGGCAAUUAGUGAACAUUUUCCUAGCAUGAACCUCUAAAUUUCUCAAUAUUUUUCAAAAACAACCUCUUAUCUUGUAAUAUAUUCUGAACUUGCUGAUAUACUUUUUGUUACAGUUGAACAUUCAUUAUUGCUUAAAUUUAUAUUACAAAUUUAGAGACAUCCUUUUCCCACCAAAAAGUCCAAUAUUAUAAAACAGUGAAUCUAAAAACAAGUAUUAGUAUUUUUUUCAAUACGUUUGAUGUAUUAUACUUUAGAAAAUGCAUUCUUCAUGAAAAUGCUGAAAUUCUGAAGGUCAGCAGCAAGUAUGCUUAAAGGUCAAAUAAAGUGGCAUGUGUCUAUUAUGUAGUCUAUUAAACUUAUACAAUUGUAAAAAAAAAAAUCUUAAGAAUUUUUCUUCAACAAGUUAAUGAAACAGGUAGAUAAUUGGUAUUAUAAUAUUUAUAUGCAUAUUUUUACUAAGUGCUAUGUGAGAAUUUGUUUCCAGUAGUUGUACUAUUUAAAUGUGCAAUCUAUGGUAAUAUAUUAAAAUCUUUUUUUCUA